AUGACCAAGAAGCUCCAAAAGGUAUCAUCAUCAUCAUGCAAAGCAUUUUGCUGUGGAGUUUGUAGGCUCAGUGUUUCUUCACAAGAAUCCGAAAUCUCGGAAAAAAACUCGGAGAAGUUUCACGGUAUUUCGAGAAUUGCACACGCUAUGGUACAAGAGAGGCUCGACCAGAUGAUCAGAGAAAGAGAAGAAGAAAGAAAACGAGAGAGGACUGUCGGGCGAUCAAGACGUGAGAAUAUUGCUACUAAAUUUGUGGUGAUGGUGGCCAUGGAGAGAACAUCGUUCGAUCCAAGGGAGGAUUUUAGGGAAUCGAUGGUGGAGAUGAUAGUCUCGAGCAAGAUUCACGAGGCCAAGGAUUUGAGGCGGCUCUUGAAUUACUAUCUCGAGAUGAAUUCGGAGGAGUCGCGCGGGAUCAUACUCGAGGUAUUUCAUGAAGUUUGUACCGAUUUGUUUGUGUACGAUAAUCGGCAUUGA